AUGAAGGCUUAUCUCAAAGCUCUUAGUCUAUGGGAAACAACUGAAAGUGAACAUGAUCCUUUUCCACCUGGAUCAAAUCCAACAGUUGCACAAAUAAAGAUUUAUGAAGAUGUGAAGUCAAGGAAACUCAAGGCUCUCACAUAUUCAAAAGUGGUGGAGAAGAUGAUGAUAAUCUUACCAGUGAGGUUUGAGUCCAAGAUUUCAGCAAUAAAAGAGUCUUGUGAUUUGAAGACUAUCUGUGGUAGAAUUGAUCUGUCUGGAACUCUGGAAGAAGAUGAAGAAUCAGACGGGGAAUCCUCACUUGAUUUGCCAGUUUUGAAAACAAGGUCCCUUUUUGAGAUAUAUAAAAGUCCUUAUGUUGCAAUCUCGGAACAAAUAGCUAUCAAGAAGCAAAAAUACAUGAAGUUUGGAUUGAAGCUAUGGAGGAGGAGACUGAGAAGUGAAAAUGAAGCCACUUUAUAUAUGAAGAAGGCUAAAGGGGGAGUUGUGAUUCUGGUGACACUCUAUAUUGAUGAUCUUCUAGAAAUAGGAAGCAAUGAAGCUAUGGUUCAAGAUGGAGAGGUGCAAGCCUGUACCGACCCCAAUAUGUUAAAAAUUAAAAAGAUUUCGAAGUUUGAAGGAGGUCACAGGGCUGAUCCAAGAGUUUAUAGAAGUCUGAUUGACAUGUUCUCAUGGAAUUCAAAAAAGCAAGAUGUGAUAGCUCAAUCUUCUGUAGAAGAAGAAUACAUCGCCGAUGCUGGUGCAACAAAUCAAGCUCUAUGGUUAAUAAAGAUUCUACUUGAUUUGGAGCAAUAUGACAUUGAAGCUACUUUCAUUAAGGUUGACAACAAGUCAACAAUAUCUAUGGCCGAAAAUCCAGUGCAACAUGGUCGUAUCAAGCAUACAAAUGUGAAGUUUCACACUAUCAGGAAAGCAGAGAAGGAUGUCAAAGUUAAACUUGUUCAUUGCAAUUCAGAUCAGCAGAUUGAAGACAUCAUGACCAAGGCUCUUCCUAAUUGGAAAUUUGAAGUUCUAAGGGCUAAGUUGGGAGUGUCCAAGAAUAAUGUCAAGGAGGAGUGUUAG